AUGCCGCUCCAACCGAGCAAACAGAGGGAACAACAGCCUCUAAUCAGAUCGACUCUCGUCCAGACACCUUCGCAAGUGAUGUCCAGCAUCAUGGAUCGUGCCAAAUACACUGUAGGGUGGAUAGCGCUCUUACCCUUAGAGCUAGCAGCUGCAAAAGGAAUGCUUGAGGGGGCAAACACUAUGUUUGUGAUGGGCGUACAGCCCAAAAUGGGAGGUGGGGUCCCGAGCUACGGUCCACCUGGCGCAAAGUCUGAGAUUGUGCUGGGUGAUGUGGUUGUUAGUGUUCCUUUCCGUGAUUAUGGCGGUGUUGUUCGAUAUGAUUUUGGAGCCUGGAUCGAACGUGGCCACCUUGAAAUGCGUGGGCACAUAAACGGCCCUUCUCCUCGAUUACUCGAAACGGUCAAAUUGCUUAAAGAGCACCAUCAAGCUCAUGGAAGAGCAAAUCUUCCUCUAUACAUACAGGAAAUGCGAACAAGAAUAGAUAGGGACGAGCGAGAUAAAUUUGAAGACCCAGGCGCCCUUAAGGAUAAUCUUUUUGUAGGAUAUGACCACCCUGAGAGAUUUCAAGAUCAACCUUGCGAAGGUCACUGUGACCCAAGGCAGUCAAAAAACCGGGAGAGUCGAGGCAACGAAGCUUCCAGGCCGGUGGAUACUCCAAAAAUCCAAUACGGUAACAUCGCCUCCAGCAACCAACUCCAAAUCUCAGAAUGCAUGAGGGAGAACCUUCAAAAAAAGCUUCAAGUCAUCUGUUUCGAGAUGGAAGGCGCAGGCGUUAUUCAAGGACAUGAUUGCCUCGUGGUUCGUGGCAUAUGCGAUUAUUCGGAUUCUCAUAAGAACAAGACAUGGCAGUAUUACGCGGCGGCCACGGCGGCAGCGUAUGCGAAGGAGUUUUUGAGAAUGAUGCCAAAAAGUGAAAAUGCUGCCACAUCUGAUCCACUUCUUCUCUUAAAGGAAUAUUAUUUUAAGAAUGAUCUUCUCCGGAUUGAGCGGUUGUCGGGCGCGCUUCUGGAUAUGGAGCAGUGUUAUAUUAACUUAACCAUCGUUGAACACAAGAAACAGCUGUCUGAAUCCCCAACAGACAUGCCGUUCUCGCUCUUCUCUCGUCUGAAAGUAGAAGCUACUGUUCAGGAUGAACGAAUAUCUUUGCCAUCGCUUUUCGAAGAACGGAAGCUCGGCGACAAAAUACUCUUACCCAAACGCAUAUUCAUUCGAGGGCGUGCAGGGGUUGGAAAAACUACUCUCUGUAAAAAAAUCGUGCAUGAUUAUUUUCAAAAUAACAUGUGGAAGCAGUGGUUUGACUGUAUUCUAUGGAUACCUCUGCGGAGACUCAAGACGCAGUUACAAGAAAACAAAGAAUACAGGAAUUUUGGAGACAUUUUUUAUAAUGAAUAUUUUCUUUCUCACAAUGACGGAGAAGCUCUGGCCAAGCUGCUGUGGAGCAUGGUGAGUGACCAUGUAUAUUCUGGCAGGAUUCUUUUUAUUCUCGACGGAAUGGAUGAGGUGUCCCGCGAACUGAAAUCUGGAACGGACACAGGCAAACUCCUCGACGAGCUUCUGGCAUGGCCACAGGUUAUCGUUACUUCUCGGCCACUAGGCAGAAGUUGA